GGCCGGGAGUGACUCAGCCGCCUGGCAGGAAGGUUCAGCACCACUCGGGAGAAGCUGCCGGUGGGUCAGGACGUGACGGAAGCGGCCGUGGUAACUUCAGCAGAACCCAUGGCUGGGACUCCCCUCAUCCACAGCGUGGUGGUGACUGGAGCCAACCGAGGCAUCGGUCUGGAGCUGGUGAAGCAUUUCCUUCGGAUGCCCAAUCCUCCCGAAGUGGUGUUUGCCACCUGCCGUGACUCUGCAGGCCCCGGGGCUCGGGAGCUGCGAACGCUGGCAUCCAGACACCCCAACCUGGCAAUCCUGCAGCUUGAAGCCACAGAUGGGAAGAGUGUUCAGGCAGCCGUCAAGAGCGCUGAGGCCCGCCUUGCAGGGGCGGGUCUGAACCUCCUGAUCAACAACGCUGGUGUCAUGCCCCCCUGCCCCUUGGAGUCGGCGACCCCCGCAGGCAUGCUGGAAGUCUACAACAUCAACCUCGUGGGUCCAAUGCUGGUGACCAAGGCCUUCCUUCCCGCCCUCAGGACGGCUGCCCAGGCGUCUGAGCACCAAGGCCUGAGCUGCAGGAGAGCCGCCAUCGUCAACAUGUCCACCGUCCUGGGAUCCCUUGAGAAGACGCCCGAGCUCUUCUCCUCCAUGCCGGUUGUCUCCUAUCGGUGCAGCAAGGCUGCACUGAACAUGCUCACCAAGUGCCAGGCAAUAGGCUACCGAGAGGAGGGCAUCCUGUGCGCAGCCAUCCAUCCCGGCUGGGUCAGAACCGAACUGGGUGGCGAGCAGGCGCCCCUGACUGUGGAGGAGAGCGUGGCCGGCAUCAUGACCGUGCUUGGCAACCUGUCUGAAAAAGAGCACGGGACCCUCCUGAGCUGGGAGGGGGAGACCUUGCCCUGGUGAGAACAGAGGAAGGCGCGCCCCCCCCCG